ACAGUAACAGAAAACCCCGAAGAGAGCAGGAGCCGUCGAGAGCUCCUUCAGGGACCCACGAGCUCGACCUUUUUUUCCAAAAAUUCCCUCGGUUCAAUCUCACGACACGGAAACGUGUGUGACGGAUAAUAUCUGUGCGUGAAAUCCAUCCACUCGACCAAGAUGAGGUGUACCAUCCUGGCGCUAACGGCCGUGCUCUGCCUCGCAUUGGUGAACUCACACCCGCUUCCGGAAGACGGACUCCGCUCGGAGGCCCUUGAUCGGCUGGUGAUGGCCGAAGCCGACAGCGAGGCAGCCCUGAGAAGCAAACGGACAAUCGGCAUUCUGCGACAGCUCUUCCCCGAGAUCUCGCAGGACGUGAACCCGGAGUCGGAGAAUCGAGUGAACGAGAUCGGAACGGCGGAGUCGCAGAACAGCGAGGUGCGAGUGCAAUUCGCGGAUGAAGUGUCGAGCGACAACUCGCCCCAGGAGUUGACGCCAUUGGACGAGAUCGAGACGGAUGAGGACGAGAACAGAAACAAGAGAUUCCUCUUUGGUUUUGGCGGUUCCGGAAGCGGCGCCGGUUCAGGCAACUUCCUCUUCGACAUUAUCAGGCUGGUGGCCGGAAGCGGAAGUAACCAGCAGGCCAGUGCCGCUGGUGGCCUUACGCCCGGAAGGACGGACGGCACAGCGGAAGCUGUACCUGGACCCGUUACCAGGUUCUUCGUUCUCGCCAACCGAGGAAUCGCCAAUCUCCUUCAGGAUCUCAUACUCCGUCUGGCGGCCACGAGCGAGCGUAUCGUUAACUUCAAGGCGCGACUGAUCACCUCCAUCAUCUAGGAUCUCACACGAGGACCGAGAUGAGGAAGCACAAGAAGAGGCUCUGCCGGCCUUGGUACCGCCACGUGGGUACCAUCGCCGAGCCGCCGCCUCUGCCCAGAAGGAGCACGGGUACGACGUUGGCAACAUGAUCAUGGUGUUGCCCCCUUGUCCCCGAGAUCCAGAAGUUAAUUCCUUCGUCGAUGGCCGUCGAGCUCUUCGCACAAGACACCCGAAGGCAGUUCGCCACGAAUCGCAUUCCUCUCCCUGCCCUCCCCCUCGCCCAAGACGAUCGACGUUCACUCGAUUCCACCCGACUCGGUUCACCCUUCGGUUCUCUCUUCUCUAGUUUCUUCCGUUCUCUUUUUCUGUUCUUCUUUUGCUACUUUUCCUUCCGUAUUACUGUUAUUUUGUUCCCCAUUAGUCGAUUAGGAUAACGAUAGAUGACGAUAGAGAAAUUCCCGUAGACGCGAUCGUCGUUUCUUGAGAGAAUUGAUCGUUACGGCGUGGCUCGCGCCGCCAUGGUACGAUGGAAACACACCGAGACAGACGGUAGAAACUGUAAAAUCAUUAUCGAAUUUGUGAUACGACACGCUCUUCGUUGACACUUUGAACGGGAUGAUUCAUGCAUUUCGACGAUUACAGAUCGAUCUUUUCCCCGCGCGCACGCUCUCUCUUCUUCUCGUCACGUCGCUGGAAGUCAUUUUCUGACUUGAAAAUGUUUUAAUUCGCGCCCAAAGCAUGAUUAAAAAGUCUAUUUCUUUAUGUAGGAGCCACAAGAGCUCCACGAUCUCUUUUAAACAGGGCUACGACGCGUGCUGCUGGUGAAAUCGGAGCGUAAGACCGUGACCCACCCCUCUUCCCCUAAUUAUUUGCGCGAACGAACGAGAUAUCACAAAUCUGUACAUAGCCCAUUUCGGAAUGCAAUAGUGCCAGGCAUUCAUUGUUAUUAAUUCGUACUAUUUUCUUAUAUAAUUAUCUCUUGCUUCUAUUAUUUUCUCUUAUUUCAAAAAUUACAGUGAUGUAAAAUUUGUGAAAUGUAAGCAAUUAAAUUUUCCAUAUAGCUUUAAUUAUUAAUUAAAUGAAGAUUUGUUUUUACACAUCACGAUAAAUAGCUAGAACGAAGUUAGCUCUUCUUGCUUUUCUGGAUUCUCCAUUUCCAAGAAGAUAGUUAUACUGAUAAUUUGAAUAAAUGUAAAGUCGUCGGCAUGAAACGCAACGUUUCUCGUCCUUAGACGGAGCGUAUUUCUCUAUGUAAAACGUCCCUGUUGUUUUGUAGUGAAAAUAAAUUUUAUUAUAAU